CAAUUAAUGUAAAAAUGUUGUGUAUUAUGUAGGCUAUGUGUACAAAAAGAUUCAUCGAUCUCCUUAUCUACAAUACUUUCAAACUGCCUUGUAUAUUCGUUAACAUGAGGUCACAAACGAUAUUAAAUAUUCGUUUUAUUUUAUCUAGUAAAAAGUAGCUCACUGAUCAACUGAUCAUUCAAAUCAUAAUUCAUAUAUAAAAUACAUACAGUUACUUACUUAAUGCUACUGUGAUAACUGUUUAUUUUACUAGUGAUACUAAUGACUAGUGACUGCGAUCGAAAAAUUACUGUGCUGCGGUGUUACGAUGUCAAUGUCAACUAAAUCACUACUGAUAAGAAUUAAAAAAAAACUUUAAUUUCCAAUUUCUAUUCUGUUCCGUCUGAUUCGAUUUUCCUAAUUUUUCCUCAAUAAUUUUUUUCUAUCCUUUCUUUUGUGUUAAGUGUUAUUUCUACCGUGUUCAUUAGCUGUGAUAAACUACUAUAGUGUAGAAUAAGGAAAGUUUAUGAUGCCUGAUACCUUCACGUGCAUUACUUGUCAGGUGUUGUUUAAAACACCAGAGUUACAACGUGAACAUUAUAAACUUGACUGGCAUAGAUAUAAUUUAAAGCGCAAAGUAGCAUCAAUACCGCCUGUGUCUCUAGAAGAAUUUGAGAUUCGACUAAAGGAGCAUAAGGAGCAGCAAGAAAAUGCGAACAAUGAUGAAUCCCACUACUGCAAAUGUUGUACGAAGUUGUUCAAUACAAAAAAUUCAUAUAAUAAUCAUUUGAAUAGCAAGAAACAUAAGUUGGCUGAAGAAAGGUACGAAAAUGAGGAGCAUUCAGAUACUGAUAGUUUUGUGAAGGUUGAGGCGGGGCAGCCUUCUACAUUGCCUGGGAAAUUCGUUGUCGUGAAUGCUGAUGAUUCUGGAGAUGAAGAUCUUGAAACGGAUUCUGAAAUCGAAGAGUUGGACUCUGAUGAAUGGGAAGAAUGUCGUAUUAAAGGCAGUGAUUCCCUCAUAAAGCCAAGAGAUUGCUUGUUCUGUAUGCAUCACAGCAAGAACAUGGUGAAGAACCUGAAGCACAUGUUGCAGGCACAUUCAUUCUUUAUUCCUGACCUUGAGUACUGCACUGAUGUAAAAGGACUUUUGUUAUAUUUGGGAGAAAAGAUAUCACAAGGUUAUAUGUGUCUGUGGUGCAAUGAUACAGGCAAGACCUUCUACUCAAUGGAGGCCGCCAGAGCACACAUGAUUGAUAAGGGACACUGCAAGAUGUUGCAUGAGGGACUAGCAUUGGCUGAAUAUGCUGACUACUAUGAUUAUAGUUCCUCAUAUCCUGACAAUGAUAAGAAUGAUGAAAAUAUGGAUAUAGAUGAAGAGGUUGACGGUCCUACUACCUUGGAAGGUGAUGAUUUUCAAUUGGUGCUACCUUCGGGUGUAGUUGUUGGUCAUCGUUCUCUCAUGAAGUAUUACAAACAGAACAUAACUAACAAUAGUCAGGCUCUUGUGAAAAAAUCAGAUCGAAAAUUGCACAGGCUUUUGGGAGUCUACCGAGCACUGGGUUGGGCGCCUAAGGAACAGGCGUUAGCAGCUAGGAAAGCAAGAGACAUCCAUUUCAUGAAACGGGUACAGUCAAAAUGGCAGAUGAAACUUUCAUUGAAAAGUAAUAAGUUCCAGAAACAUUAUCGACCCCAAGUAAACUUCUAAAUGUUUUACAUUAAUAGCAAAAUUUUAUCUGCAUACGUCAUGGAAUUUAUAUUUGUUAUUGUGGAAAUUAUGGAAUUUAAAUUAAUCUUGUCAUUCAUUAUUAAAAUAGGAUCUGAUUAAAGGUUGUAGUUGCUUUCCUUGAUAAAGUACUCAAUCAUUUUAAUUUCAGCACAUCAAUUUCUUCCUAGUUAAUAAGUGAAGUUAUAUGUAUUCCAUAUUAAUUGGGUUAUAAACAAAUUAUAAAAGUCAAAGAAAACAAUUACAGUUUUAUUGUGGCCAAUUCACACAUUCAGUAGACAGUGACAAUUAGUUUAAAUCACAAUAUGAGUCCAUAUGAGUCAUAUUGAAUUGGCAUAUUCAUAUUGAACGUGAUCGUAAAAUAUUACUGUUCGUGUGUAGUAUGAAAUAAGGACAUGAUUAGAAUUCAUGAAAAAAAUACAAAAAGUAAUUACAAAAACUGCGUGUCCUCAAAGUAUUGUAAUAGGAAUGUGGUCUAUCCUCAAAAUUAACAAUUCAUAUUCACGACUCAUCGAUAUGAAUGAAACUAAUGUAUGCAUUGUUGUAAUUGGUAGAGAGUAGUCCGAACUUGGUGUUGUUGUGUGUGUGUAUGUUGUAUAAAUGAAAGAUGUAGUAAUUAUCUGUGUAAAAUAAUCCAGAUCAAUUAAAAACUGUUUGAAAAUUUAAAUUUAGAAAUUUCGAUGGUAUUCUGGAAUGUAAUUUAAAUACUGUUAAAACUAUAAAAAAAGUACAUUCUCAUUAUUUCUAAUUUAUGCAGUAGCAUAAUCUUAUUUUGAAAGUAAUUAUUAAUAAUAUAUAUUUAGCAUUUUAAAUUAUUCAGGCUAAUUAUAAAAAGCCAAAGAAAAAAGUUUCAUAGUUCUAAUGUUGAAUUGAGUUAUACACAUAAUUUUGUGUGUUUUCUUUGUAAAAUACAUGGAAAAAUUGUAAUAUAUAAAAAUAGUAAAAAUUGUCCUGAAAAAAAAAGAUCAUCGUAUAUCUUA